AUGGCCUUCUCGAGGCUUUGGAUGCCAAAUCGAUCGCCACCCCAGAGUUUGUGGAGUGCCCGCCUCUCAAAUAUCGCCCGGGAUGCCGGAGACGUCGGAGAUAUGUUGCCCGAUGAGCUUAACCAAGACCGUGCUACUUGGGAACGUAUUGUGAGAUCUUUCGGAGGCCUCGGGAGUUGGAUGGCCGAUGCUCGUCUCCCUGAUAAGUUAAUAUUCCACGAUGUCAUGCCUAAUUCCAUGCAGUAG